AAGUAAUUAAAUAACAAUGAUAGCUGUAAACGUUUUAAUAUUUAUCGGAUUUAUGUCAUCAGCAUAUUCACUUGAAUGCUAUGUUUGUGAAGAUCAAGACACUAAUUAUGAUAAAUGCAUUAAAACAAUUAGAACUUGUGAUGUUGGACAAGAUAGAUGUUUAACAGAAAUUAAAUGGGGAAGUACUCCAUAUUGGGCUCCUAGUGGAGAGAAACAAUUUUACAUUUCUAAAUCAUGUGCAAACAAUAAGUCAUGUGCAGAUAUAAUUAAAUCAAAGAGUUCUCUUUGUGACAGGAUCUGGUAUAAUGAUUGGGAAUGUGCAGAAUGCUGCCAUGGCAAUAGAUGUAAUUACUAUGUUACUCUGUCAGGAAGUCAUUUGCAGUCAAAUAUUUUGAUUUCAAGUUGCAUGAUUAUCUUCACUUGGAUCAUAAAAUUUCUAUAAAGUACGGAAUUUUUUCAUAUAAAUAUUUUGUAAAUGAUAAAUCCGUCCACAAAAAAUAUUAAGAUAUGCUUAUUAUGAAUCUGUGUUUUGUCCGAAGAUAAUUUCAUAUAACAUUCCAUUUUUAAGUUUUUAAAAUAUUUUUGUUGUAAUCAAGAUGCACAUAAUUUAAUAACUAAAUUAAAUUUUUCCUUUUGUUUCCUUUAUGUAAUAUAUAUAUUUUCAGAUUUAUUGUAAUUCAUUGAAUCUCUUAAGUUAAUUUGCAUUUAAAACUAUUUUUUAAAAUAUUACAGAAAUAUUAUUAUUGAGAAAAACAUUUUUGUCUUUCACUGGUAAUAUAGAUCUGAAAUAUAUAUACUGUAAUGUUAUUGUCUACUCUAAUUAAAAUAGAACACUUUGUCAUUAUUUGUCAAAAUAUCUAUUUUAUAAAUGUUAUAUUUUAUAUUAUUACUAUUACACACAUUUU